ACAACCGUAUAUUAAUUCAUCCCUUCACAUCUUUAAUCGAUUCCCAAUUAACUCACCUUUCUCUCUCUCUCUCUUCGGUGCUUUUCCGGUGAGAAAUGUAGUGGCGAGCACCAUCGGAGCCCGGCGGUGAAUUUCAGAAUCAGUUGGAUUGCAGUGUCGAGCUUGGGGACGAGUACGAGGAGGAAGAAGAAAUGCCGCUGAGUAGGUACCAAAUUAGGAACGAGUACGGCUUGGCGGAUCCUGAGCUGUACAAGGCCGCCGAUAAAGAUGAUCCCGAAGCUCUUCUUGAAGGAGUUGCCAUGGCUGGCCUCGUUGGAGUCUUGCGCCAACUCGGUGACCUUGCGGAGUUUGCUGCUGAGGUAUUCCACGACUUACAUGAAGAGGUCAUUUCAACGGCUGCACGAGGCCAUGGUCUUAUGAUUCGUGUGCAGCAACUUGAGGCAGAAGUUCCUUCAAUUGAGAAAGCAUUUCUAUCCCAAACAAAUCAUACAUCUUUCUUCACUAGUGCAGGACUUGACUGGCAUCCUAAUUUCCAGUCUGCACAAAAUCUUGUUGCUCGUGGAGACUUGCCUCGGUUUGUCAUGGAUUCAUAUGAAGAAUGCAGGGGCCCCCCACGUUUAUUUCUUUUAGACAAGUUUGAUGUUGCAGGGGCUGGGGCAUGUUUGAAGCGAUACACUGACCCGUCAGUAUUUAAAGUGGAAUCCACGGCUUCUGAGAGAUCAAAUAUGGUGCCUCAAAGGGAGAAGAAAAUUCGUAAAGUGAAGAAGAAAGGACCACGCUGGAGGAAUGGAGGAACGCCAGAAAUUGGACCAACAUCCCAUGCCAAACUACAUCAGUUGUUUUUGGAGGAGCGCAUUGAAAGCUGUUUUAAUGAUCCUUCACGACUUGUAAAAUUGAAGAAAAGGCAAUUUAAUGGAUGUAUUGACUCCAAAAAUGGCAAAAGCUACAUGGAAAAAUUUUUGGAGACUCCUUCUCCAGAGCAUAAGAUGAUUUAUGAAGCAUCUGUUGCUGCACCAACCUUGUAUUCAAUUUCAGAUAAUACCAAUGAACUGGGGCUUAGAAUACUUGAUAUCACUACGGUGAGUCCUGCAAGCAAGUCUCCUGGAAGGGUAAAUACAUGCUCAUCAUGUAUAGCCCAAGAAGAAGAAUUGAAAAGACCAAUCAACGGUGAUGUUUCUGGUGAGGAGAUUUUGAAGGUGCCUGAAUCAACUGCAGAUGUUGAGAUUGAGACAACUCCCAAUCUACAAAUGGUGGUGGUCGAAAACCAUUUAGAAUAUGGAGAAGGAAAAAUAGGGAGCAGUAUAGAUGGGUAUCGUUCUGAUGAGAUAAUCAGUGAAGUAGACAAUUAUGUAGAUGCUCUUGCUACUAUGGAGUCAGAAAUGGAGACAGAUAAUGAACCUAGAUCUAAAAAUGUUAACCUUGAAAAACGGAGAAGUGAAUCUGAUGCAAAUGCCGACCACCUAGAAACCCGAGCUCAAGUAUCUGAUUCACGAUCCUUGAUAAACUCAUCAAGAUCAGAUGAUGGUAACAGUUCAUUCAAGAGAGAGCAAUCCAGUUUUUCAUGCUCUGAUACAGUAAGUAGUUUGGCCGACAACACUCAGUAUGAUUCUGAAGGAACAGCUAAAGCAUUACCUUCGAUUUCUAAAGCAUGUAUGGUGGAUGUUAAAAACAUGCCAUCUAAUCGGGAUUAUACCUCUCAUCCUUAUGAAAGCAAUGCUGAUGAACUUGGAGUGCUUGAUAACACCAGUGUUGAUGAGAGAAUCUCAAAAUCUGAAGAAGUACUUGAUGAUUCAUGUUGGGAUCCAAUUCCUCCUCAACCGCUGAUAGACUCAGAAUCAUGCCCAUCUCCAUCCUUAUUGGUGGAACCAAAGUUGUAUAAAAAAUCAUCUACCAACCUUUUUGAUGUUGAUUCACAGACAUCAAGUACGGAGACCGACCUAGGUUGUCAUAAAGAUAAUCACCUUGAUGUUUCCUCUGAGACUGUUAGUCGUGCUAACGACACAAUGCUAUCUGGAGAUUAUCAUAUUCGAGACAGGGAGGGCGUAGAAGUAGAGGCCACAUCUGAAAAUUCAUUGCAUCUUUCAAAUGUCUUGGGGGAAGCUGUUGAGAUUGAACCGGAAGGAAAGGUCAAGGAUACAAUGCUGCAAAAAGAAUACCAGGAUGAUAGAGCUAUUGACAAGCAAGCCUUGCCAGAAAUUGGAUCGUCUCCUAUGUCUUUAUUGCCCUCUGAGACUUUAUAUGUUUCUUCUACAAAUGAUUCUUCAGAUGACAAAUAUAAUGAUGUUGUCCUGAAAGGCGAUGAUACCGUAGUGGUAGCUGAAGGAAAAUAUGAUAACUUACCAGUAGAUUUAUCGCAGGAUGACAACAUUGAAGUAGCUGAAGCAAAACAUGAAGACUUACAAACACGGGAUUUGAAGGGUCAAGUGGAAAAUGUAGCAGAUGAUGUUCUUCAAGUUGAACAAGGUUUGACAGAAACUGAUGUAACAUAUUCUGUGAGAGACGCAAAUAGCGUAGAUAUGACAACAGCAGCUGAUGAUACCUCGGAUGAACCGCAACUCCGUUAUCCAAAUGAUACAGUCCAUGAGAUGCAUUUGGACACACGAGAUUUUGUGACUGAAACGGUUCAUUCAGAAGGUGUAACUUUGCCUACCACUUCUGUUUCCUCCCAUGAUGAACUUUCUUCGCCAGGUGAUCUGGAUCAUGAGGAUUCCAUUAAGUACAGUAAUUUUGCAACUGGAAAGGUUCAAUCAGAGGAGUUGGUCGAUUCGGUGAACUCUAGUGACGUUGUGACUGAAAAGGUUCUAGCAGAUGCGGUGGUUAAUACUGUGAACUUUGGCGACGUUGUGGCUGAAAAGGUACGAGAAGAUGAGGUGAUUGACUCUGUAAAUUGUAGUGAUGUUGCUUCUGGAAAGGAUCGAGCAAAGGAGGUGGUCGAUUUUAUUAGCUGUAGUGAUGUUACGACUGAAAAGAUUCGAGCAGAUGAGGUGGUUGAUUCUGUAAACUGUAGCGAUGUUGCGACUGUAUGUGUUCAAGGGGAUGGUGUGGUUUUGUCUACUUCAACUGUAGCUAAGACUGCUACUAUAUCUGAAGUCACACCCAAGAAUUUAAAUCAUUUCAACCAUGAAGAAAAUGCAAGCAUAGAUAAACUUCCAUCCGGAACAUUUCAAGCAGAUGAAUUUGCGACUGUUAAUGAUGUGAAUGAAGUUGUUAGCACGUCCUCGAAUGGUCAUUUAUCCGUAUCGGAGUAUAUGAAGAAUGCUUUACCAGAAAAUCAUCCUGGCUUAGAGAAUCCUUCUGCAAAUCAAAAUGAAUUUAAAGAUGCUUCAGAUUGUUCUUUGGGAUCAUUAACUGGAAAGAAAGUAAAUCCCUUAGAAGAUGAAUUGGUUUCUGGCUAUCCAGGUUCAGGGAUGAAUGAUGGCAUUCAUAAUUUACCCGUGCCUAUGCAAACCCGAUGUACUUCAGUUAUUAAUGAUCGUUCUUCUGGCCGAAAAUCUUUGGAACUACAAAAUUUGGAAUCAGAAUCCAAUUCUUCCCAUCAGGAUGAUCUUAAAGAGGGCAAUGAAUUUACAUCACCAGAUUUGCAAGCUAGACACAAGGAAACGGAACUUGUACAGGCAGAUGUUGAUGUUUCCAAUUCUUCACACCUUGAACAGCGAUCUUCAGGUCAAUUAGAUGAAGAAAAAGUUGAACUGGUAAAGUCUUCAAAUCCUGUCCAACUGGUACAGCCUAAAUGCAAAGCUAAUGAAGCAACAAAUCAAGCUGCACAUGCUUUAUCAGAGUUAUAUAUACAACAUCCUAUUAGCGAUCGCGAUACGACUGAUUCUACAAUGGAUACAUUACAGCCCGUCUUACCUAGCUACGUCCUGCUGCCUGAGGUACCUCAAGUCGAUGUGAAUGAGAUGCCACCACUGCCCCCUCUACCUCCAAUGCAGUGGAGGUUAGGGAAGGUUCAACAAGUUUUUUCUGCCCCACCUAGAACUGAGGAUCCAUUUCACUUGAUAUUACCAUCAAAAGCUGAAGAGACAGGUACAUGUUUAGGAUCGUCAAGUGCAGCGACUUUACAACCCGAGAGCCCUUUUCAUGAUAAUAAGCUCACACAUGAAUCUGGUCAUGUGGUACAUACCGCAACACAACCUUCUCCAUUCUCAUUGCCCAUGAGUAGCCAAGAAAACCUUGAAUAUAAUUCUGCCACCAUGGUGAAACAGUGUAACAGUCCGUUUUCAUCAUUACCGCCAAUGUCCUCGGAAAUUACGGAGCAUGAUUCUCUCAAGUCUGAAGGAGAAAAAGUACAGUCUGAAUUGAAACUGCCUUCAGUAGGACGAACAAAUGACGAUUUAAAUUGUAAAAGCGAUAGUGGAUCUUCAAAUGGGCAGUCAUUCCGACCGUUUAGUUACUCAGCAUCAGAAAGCGUAUUAAGGCCUGAUAUAUCUCAUCAUUUAUCACAGGAUUUUGAAGGGGAACAAAGAAACUCCCAUGCUAUGAUGGCGCCGAUGUCAUUCGUGAAGAACGAUCAAUCUCAGCACGAUUUGCCAACUACAGAGGAAGAACUAGCUUCGUCUUCUAACACACCUCUUAUGCCGUCAACCUCUGGGGUCAAUAUGCCGAAUGGAAAUCGACGUAUUUCUAGUAAGCUACUUCGUCCACGAAGCCCUCUUAUUGAUGCUGUUGCUGCCCACGAUAAAAGCAAGUUGAGAAAAGUUUCUGAUCGGAUACUUCCUGAAAUUGGACCCAAGGUUGAUGAAAGAGAUUCACUGCUAGCACAGAUUCGAACGAAGUCCUUCAGCUUGAAGCCCGCAGCCGUAACAAGACCGAGCGUGCAGGGUCCGAAAACCAAUUUGAGGAUGUCUGCUAUCUUGGAGAAAGCAAACGCAAUUCGCCAGGCAUUGGCUGGAAGUGAUGAAGAUGAUAGUGAUAGUUGGAGUGAUUCUGAAUAAACUUAAGCUUCAAUCCAUAAAUACUCCAUCGCUGCUCUACCAUGAACUGGGUUGAGAUUUCUCUCAUCAAUGGUAAUUUCAGUAGUUUAGUGUUCAUCUUCUCUAAGCUUCAUGUAUGUAAAGCAGCCGUCACAUGUCCUCACAUGUUCAUCGACAAAGCAUUACACAACCCGCCACACGAACGGUAUACAAUGAUGAGAAUGAGAUACGAUACAAGGUAGGAUCAACAAGAGCUGGACCAAGCAGUUUUUCAUGGUAUUUAGUAAAAUCUUGGCAAAUGUAAAUGGUGUUGGAAUGGCUUAGAUUUUGGUUAUGUUACAUACUUUUUGUAGUAGAGCGUCUCAUGCAUAUUUCUUUUCUGUCUCACCUUAUACUUGUGUUGUGGCCCCAUAUAUUAUAAUGGCCCUCCUUUCUUGGUACAGUGAAAUUCUUUGGUUCUGGGACAUUUAUAACAGUAUAUAUAUAUUAAUGCUAUACAGACAUUUUUUUUUU